AUGUUGACUCCUAUGCCCAAGGCAAUUGCGAUUGCCUUCCUCAAUUCGCUAGCCGUCGCGGCGACCGGCGAUGCGGAGCCUGCGGCGGACAACGUUCUCAUGCAGAUCAGUGCUGGAAGUGCGUGGCGACUUCCACAGGCUGAUUGCACAGGGGUCCGCAAAAGCUUCGACGCUGGCUUCGGGGGCUGUGACGUGUACACUUCGAACCGCAACAAUCACCAGUUCUGCCACAGAGACUUCGACGAUAACCAAGGCUUCUACGCCGCGCAGGUGUGCUCCGAGUGCCUCGUGUGCCAGGCGCUGACCCCGGAUGGCGAGAAGGCGGCCGAGGAGUCGGCGGCCGAGCAGGCGGCGAAGCUGAAGCGCGACGCCGAGGUGGAGAAGGCCAAGGCGAAGGAGAACAAACAGAAGGCCGAGCGCGAGGCCAAGGAAAAGGCCUGGCAAGAGGAGAAGGAGAAGAAGGAACGCGAAGCGGAGGAGGAGAAGAACAAGGCUCUCCAGGAGGCCACGGAGCCCGAGAACACGGCCCAGGAGAAGCGGCAGGAGGAAGAGCGCAAAGCAGAGGCCCAGCGCAAGGAGGAUGCAGAGCGCGCGGCGGAGGGCGACAGCUUGCUGAAGGCGGUGCAGGAGAAGGCCGAGCGCAAGGCGGAGGCCGAGAACAAGGCGGAGGCCGAGCGCAAGGCGGAGGCCGAGCGCGAGGAGGAGGCCGAGCGCAAGGCGGAGGCCGAGCACAAGGCGGAGUCCGAGCGGAAGGCAGAGACCGACCGCAAGGCCGAGGCCGAACGCAAGGCCGAGGUCGAGCACAAAGCCGAGGCCGAGCGUAAGGCGGAGGCCGAUCGCAAGGCAGAGGCGAAGGCCAAGCGCAAGGCGGAGGCCGAGCGCAAGGCGGAGGCCGAGCGGAAGGCAGAGGCCGACCGCAAGGAGGAGGCCGAGCGCAAGGCCGAGGCCAAGGCGGAGGCCGAGCGCAAGGCGGAGGCCGAGCGGAAGGCCGAGGCCAACCGCAAGGAGGAGGCCGAGCGCAAGGCCGAGGCCGAGCGCGUGGCAGAGGCCGAGCGCAAGGAGGAGGCCGAGCGCAAGGCCGAGGCCGAGCGCGUGGCAGAGGCCAGGCGCAAGGAGGAGGCCGAGCGCAAGGCCGAGGCCGAGCGCAAAGCGGAGGCCGAGCUGAAGGCAGAGGCCGAGCGCAAGGAGGAGGCCGAGCGCAAGGCAGUGGCCGAGGCCGCAGCGGAGGCCGAGCGCAAGGCGGAGGCCGAGCGCGUGGCAGAGGCUAAGGCCAAGCGCAAGGCGGAGGACAUGCGCAAGGCGGAGGCCGAGCGCAAUGCCGAGGCCGAGCGGAAGGUAGAGGCCGAGCGCAAGGCUGAGGCGAAGGCCAAGCGCAAGGUGGAGGACAUGCGCCAGGCGGAGGCCGAGCGCAAUGCCGAGGCCGAGCGGAAGGUAGAGGCCGAGCGCAAGGCUGAGGCGAAGGCCAAGCGCAAGGUGGAGGACAUGCGCAAGGCGGAGGCCGAGGGCGUGGCCAAGGAGAAAGCCGAGCAGAGGUCGGAGGCCGAGGCCCAGCGCAAGGUCGAGGAUAUGCGCAAGGCGGAGGCCGAGGGCGUGGCCAAGGAGAAAGCCGAGCAGAGGGCGGAGGCCGAGCGCAAAGCAGAGGCCAAGGCAGUGGCCGAGGCCUCGCGCAAGGAAGAGGCCGUGCACGAGGCAGAAGCCGAGCGAAAGGCGCAGGCUAGGCGCGAAGAGGACGAGCAUUGGGCCAAGGAGUUGGCCAAGGAGGAGGAGGCGGAACGCAAGGCGAAGCUGCAAGCGGAGGCUGCGGCGGAGGAGGCCAAGAAGGGCGCUGAGCGGGCGGCUGCGGAGGAGGCCAAGCGCGUGGCACAGGAGACGCAGGCCUCGGAGGAGCCCGAGCGCGCCGCACGCCAGCAGGCCAAGAAGGCGGCGGCGGCGGCGGCCAAGAAGCGGGCGGAGCGGGAGAAGGCGCAGCGCAAGAUCGAGGCCGAGGAGGCCGCGAAUGCGGAAGCGCAGGCGAAGGCGUCGCAGGCGAAGGCGAAGGAAGAGCGCCCCAGCUUCGAACCGCCCACGCUGCCUGCCGCUGGGCAUUGGUGGGACGAGCAGGACACCACGCACAAAAGUGCUGCAAAGCCGAAGCCUGCUCGGAAGGAGACUGCCGCAAAGGCCGUCGGCGAUCCCCACUUGGUAAACAUGUACGGACAGCGCUUUGACAUCCUGAGGGAGGGCAAUCACACGCUGAUCCAGAUUCCCAAGGAUGCUGAACCCAGAGCCACCCUGCUGAAGGUGAACGGCGAGGCUUUGCACAUGGGAGGCGCUUGCGCGGACAUGUACUUCCAUUCCAUCUCCGUAAAGGGCAAGUGGGCAGAAGACUUGGCGUACACGCUAAGCAAACGGCAAAGUCGCAGCGCUGGCUUCAACUUUUUUGCGGACGCAGCUCACAGGAGCAACAGCACUCACUGGACGCGCUUCGGCAACGAGCUGGAUCUGAAGAUUAUCUGGGGCAGGACAAUCACCGGCGUCCGUUACCUCAACAUCUUCGUCAAGCAUCUGGGCGCUGUGCAGGCCUCCGUCGGCGGUCUCCUCGGCUCGGACGACCACUCGACCAUCGCGACUCCACCGGCGGACUGCAAGCGCACGCUCUCCCUCCUGUCUAUCGGGAGCCACAUGGGCGCGGGCGCGUCGCAGGGCGACGGCACUUUCGAUGAGCUGGCGCAGGUGACGCACGAUUUCGACUACCAGUGA